AUGUCUAUUCACGAAGGACAGGUCUCUGUGGAACUGGUGCCAUUGAAGACCAACUUGGUCAAUUUACCUUCUGAUUUGGUGGAGCAGCUGUUCAUUCAAGAUUUUAUAGUGGAAUUGUUUUUCACUGCUCCAACUCCAAAAUUCAUAUAUACUGGAUGGUCUGGUUAUACUAGUGCUUCAGGUGCUAAAUCAAUUGAAAUGGAUCCUGCUUUGGCAAAUGCUUAUGGAUUGAAGGAAAAAACAAAAAUCAAAGUGACAGCUAUUUGGGAAUAUGAAGAAGUUACAAAAAUUCAUGUUGAACCAAAAAGCGCCUCUGAUUGGGAAGUUACAGAAUUACACGCAGUUGCUUUAGAAUAUAAGUUAUUAUCACAAAUAAGAAGUGUUCAAUUAAAUGCACCAAUUAUUGUAUAUCCAACAGGUUCUAUAACUGCAACUUUAAAUGUCAAGAAAUUAGAACCAGAACUUCAAAAUCCUAAAAAAUUUGCUAAAGUUUCACCAAAUGCUGAAGUUAUAGUGGCUCCAAGAACGAGGAAAGUUAAAAAAUCCAAAUCUGUAAGUUCAAGAUCAAGUUCAAGAACAAGAAAAUCAAAUGAAAUUUCUCAAAUUGUUUUGAAAAGAGGUAUAUCAUUACCACAUGAAUAUUUCAAAGAUGUUAAAGAAACAAAUACUUAUGAAUUGUAUGCAAAUUUUAAUGAAGUCAUUCAUACAUUGGGUAAAGCUGAAUAUGUUAAAGUUUCUAUAAUCCCAGGUCCUGGAUCAAAUAAUAAUAAUAAACAACAAGCUGAUCAAUCUCAACAAGUUAAUUUAGAAACAGGAUCAACCUAUGUAUAUGCUAAACUAACACAUAAUGGGAAUAUUCAUAAUCAUGUUGGUUUAUCAAGAUUAUUAGCUAUUGGUCUUGGUGUUGAAGAUAAAGUUGGUGAUGUUGUUAAAAUUGAACCUGCUCAUGUAAAUCUUGAAACAAAAUGGAAAUUCAUUAUUCAUCCAUAUACAACAGUAUCACAACCACAGCAAUCUGAUCAAAUUUCAUUAAAUGAUGCUAAAUCAAAAGCUGAAAAAGAGGCAAAACGUCAAAAAAAUAAUGAAUUGAAAAUUGAAUUAUCUGAAGGAUUUUUAGACAGAUCAAGACUUACAUCACCACUAACUAAUGGAUUGAAAUUACCAAGUAUGGAUCAUUUACCACAAGGUGGGAUAUUAGAAUUUAAAAAUUCAAAAUCUGAUAUGUUUUUAUGUUUUCCUAGUACCAAAUAUGACAUAGAUAUUGGUGAUGAAUAUCUAAUACAAGAGUCACUAGUACCCUCAACAAUCGAAAAGGAAGAAGUUCAUAUAGAAAAGGCAAUUGGACAAGAUGAAUUAUUGAAAAAAAUUGAAAAAUCAUUGAAAAGAAGUAAAAUUGGUGCAUUAAUAUUUGGUGCAUCUGGAUCAGGUAAAUCUUUAAUAAUUAAUCAAAUUUCUCAAAAAUUACAUGAUAAUGGUGUUUAUAGAUUAGAAAUUGAUUGUUCAGAUUUUGCAAGAGAAUCAGUUACAAAUUUGAAAGAGAAAAUCAAAAAUUGGCUAGCAAAAUGUGCAUGGUAUACACCAAGUGUCCUGGUAUUGGAAGGAUUAGAAUCAAUUUUCCCUGCUGAAGGUGAAAAUGCUGAUAAUGGACAAACAAGACAAUUAACAGAAUUUUUCGUUCAAUCAGUAAAUUCAAUAUCAAAAUCUAAGAAUUUAAUAAUUUUAGCAACAGCAAGAUCCAAAGAAUCUAUUAAUUCAUAUCUAUUUUCAAGUCAUUGUAUUGAAGAAUCUUUCAAUCUAAGAGCUCCAAAUAAAGAAGUUAGACAUUCAUUAAUUGAAUCAUUUUUGGAAAAAGAUGGAUUGAAAUUAUCCAAGGAAUUUGAUAUUUCUCAACUCUCUGCUGAAACUGAAGGUUAUUUACCAAGUGAUUUAAAAGUUCUUGUGGAUAGAAUAAAUCAUGAAGCUUUAUCACAAGCUAUUGAGAAAGGACAAUCCAUACCUGAAAAAUCAAUUUCAAAUGAUUUAUUCACAAAAGCUAUAACUGGUUAUGUUCCAUCAAAUCUUAGAGGUGUUAAAUUACAGAAAUCAACAACAAGUUGGAUUGAUAUUGGUGGGUUAACUGAAGCAAAAUCUAUAUUAUUAGAAACUUUGGAAUGGCCAACUAAAUAUGCACCAAUUUUCAAAUCUGCUACAUUAAGACUUAGAUCAGGUAUUUUACUUUAUGGUUAUCCAGGUUGUGGUAAAACUUUAUUAGCAUCUGCAGUUGCUGGUCAAUGUGGAUUAAAUUUCAUUUCUGUUAAAGGUCCUGAAAUUUUAAAUAAAUAUAUUGGUGCAAGUGAACAAUCUGUUCGUGAAUUAUUUGAAAGAGCACAAGCUGCUAAACCAUGUAUUUUAUUCUUUGAUGAAUUUGAUUCUAUUGCUCCUAAAAGAGGUCAUGAUUCUACAGGUGUCACGGAUAGAGUUGUUAAUCAAAUGUUGACACAAAUGGAUGGUGCUGAAGGUUUAGAUGGGGUUUAUGUUUUAGCUGCUACAAGUAGACCUGAUUUAAUUGACUCUGCUCUUUUACGUCCUGGUAGAUUAGAUAAAAGUGUUAUUUGUGAUAUGCCACAUAAAGAUGAUAGAUUAGAUAUAUUGAAAUCAAUUACAAGAAAAAUGAAUCUUGAUGAAGGUGUUGAUUUAGAUGAAGUUGCUGAUAAGACUGAAGGAUUUUCUGGUGCUGAUUUACAAGCGGUUGGAUAUAAUGCAUAUUUACAAGCUGUUCAUGAAAAAUUGGAACAAGAUAAGCUAGAGAGUGAAGGUGAAGUAAAAUCAUCAGAUCAAGAUGUUCAAGAAUUUGUUCAAUUAUCAUUAAACCAAAUCAAAAAGAAACAAGAUUUAAAACCUCUUGAAAGAACCCAAUUAUUACGUCAAAUCAAACCUUUAUUAGAAAAUAUCCAAUCUUCGAAAGAAUCACAAUCUGCAAAUCCAAAACCAACAAAGAAAGAUAGUGGUGUUAUAAUCAAGCAUAGUGAUUUCAUUACAUCUUUGAAUGACACAAAACCAAGUAUUUCAGUAUCUGAAAAGCUAAAACUUGGCUCAAUUUAUAACCAAUUUGUUUCUGGCAGAGAUGGCAAUAUGCCUGAUGGAUCAUCAAGUAAUGAAAUAGGUGCAAGAUCAACCCUUAUUAUUCAGGCUGCUACAAAGCGAGACGAGGUCCCAGGGUCAUCGAAAUGGGUCUUGGAGGAGCUGCAUAAUUUACACGAGAAUAUGUUUCAAGAUGUUGAGCAGUUCACAUAUUCUGUUGCCUCUGAGAUAACUUGGGCCCAUGAAGCGUUAGAUGAAAUCUUGAAUGAUGAAGAGAAGUGA